AUGAGCCACUACACUUUGAGGUGUGUGAUACUUAUGCUAUAUUAUGGCUUGGCUUAUGUAAUCGCUCAGCAGAUAGAAACCGGUUUCUGCGAAGGAAGAAGCUGCCCAGAAGGUGAAGAACGAGCGGAGCAACAGGAUCCGGAGCUUACACAAGAACCAGUUCAUGCAAGUGGCAUGGAGUGGCGCUCGCAUGGAAAUGACAACGAUGAUCUUGUUUCUAAGCUUAAGCGGAACAAAAUCAUCAAAUCUCGACGAGUGGAGGACGCUAUGAGAAAAGUAGAUCGGGGAAACUACUGUAGUAUCUCACCGUAUAUGGAUUCUCCUCAGGCGAUUGGAUAUGGCGUGACAAUUAGUGCUCCUCAUAUGCACGCGCACGCUUUGGAGAUGCUCAAAGACCAUUUGUAUGAAGGGGCUAAGGCUUUGGAUGUGGGUUCAGGUAGUGGCUACUUAACUGCAUGUAUGGCAGAGAUGGUAGGAGAGAGUGGAAAAGUGAUUGGUAUUGACCAUAUUCCUGAACUUGUGGAGAUGUCUAAAAAAAAUAUAAAACAACAAAAUUCUGAUCUUAUGACCAGUGGGAGGAUAGUUCUUGUGAUAGGGGAUGGAAGAAGGGGAUAUGCAGAUGAUGCACCAUAUGAUGCAAUUCAUGUGGGUGCUGCAGCUCACCCCAUCCCUGAUGCCCUGUUGGAACAACUGAAGCCUGGAGGCAGGCUUUUUAUACCUGUAGGCCCCAUCAGUGGUGACCAAUGGCUUGAACAGAUUGACAAGGACAAAGAUGGAAAUAUAGUCCGGCAAAAGUUAAUGGGUGUACGAUAUGUACCUUUAACAGACAGAGAACAACAACAUAGACCUUGAUCACAACAUGUCUCCUUUGUGCAAAUAUUUUGAUAUGUAGGGUAAUAAGGAUGUAAAUGUUUGAGAUGAGAUGGCAGUUGUUCUUCAUUGAAUACUGCACGGUGCAGAACAAGUGAUGGUUGCAGCUAGAACUUAAGGACUGAUGAACUAUCAGAUACCUCAGCAAAGGGUUGGGAUAGGAUGUGGUAAUUCUGUUUAAUACUAAUAUCCCAUGAUAUUGUGUGGUAAUUUGGAUGGUUAGUUGUAUUGUAUGAUAAUCCAGCAGGAGACCUGUCACAAAUCACUUCUCUAUUUGCGUUGUUUUCCUGUCUUAUAAGAAAUGCAUGCAAAAUAAUGUAAUUGGCCAAUAAAUAACUUAUCAGACGUCUUGAUGUGUUGUAUUGCUGAAUAUUUUUACUGUUUUUUUUUUAAAUGUAUUUUGACUUGCCUUGCAGGCUUAUCAAGAUACAUUAUAUUUUGUAAAAUUACUCAGCAGUACUACACACCAAAAUGCCCUAUAAGAUAUAAAUGUGUAUAUGUGUAAAAACCAAUGCAGGUUCCAUCCUUUGCUCUCUCUCCACUUUUAAGUUGGUUGGAAUGUGUGUUAGCUUUUACUCUUAAAUUUUUGAGUCAGCUAAGCAUGAAUGCCUUAUGCUUUAAGAUUAUAUUCUCAGAACAGAAAGCAUUAGCCUCUUAUGGGACACAGUGCAUAGAAUUUGCAAUUUCAAUUUUGGGAGAGAAAGGGUUAUCAAGCUUCCUCUGUGCAGCAUCACCAUGGGCACCAGUCUACAAAUGUCCAUCAGGAACAUGGCAACUUGUAUUGUGUUUAAAUAAUUUUCCCAAGAUGGUGAAGAACAACAAUUGCAUUACAGAUAUACUUCAGAAAAAUCAAGCAAAUGUCCAUAUAGUGUCUAUUAACUUUCAUUUAUUUUUUACAAAUAUCUAAACUACAAAGUUUACCAAAAAACCACAAACAUACAUGUUACUUGUGAUCCUUGCUUCAAAGCAAUAAUCUCACAGACAUAGUUGGACAUUAACCUGCCUUUCCAAAUUUCAAAUACUAACUAAAUUAAUUUUCAAUUUUAAGUGUAGCUUACAUCAAACCUACAGCAACAGACAAAAUUAACAGCUACCUCCACAAACAUACCAGGUUACAUUAUAACACAACAAAAAAUUGAACAACACACUUUAUACUGUGCUUUUAACUAGUACAAAGGUAUCACCUAAACAGCAAGAUCAUCAAAUUUUUUGUGGUCUAAAAGCACGUUUUCUUUUUCAUUUUUACAGAUGUGCUAGUUCUGAAAGCUUAUGCCCCCAAUCAUGCCUAAACCCUGUUCAAAUCAGUCCUCAGGUUCUGGUAGAAAAUAUUGUGUAGCCCAAGUGCCUUCAAUUCCUUCUACUCUGACAACACAAUAAAAAUUUUGUGAAAGUAUGUCAUCACUGUCAUCAUCUAAUUCUCUGAUGUCAUAUGCCUUGUCAUAUUUGAUCUCCAAAACAUCAACCUGGUGAAUAAAGAACAACAAUCCACUGAGUGAGUACA